AUGAUUUUACUUCUUGUCGCUCAACUCGUUCACAUUAUCAGUACCCAAAAUCCUUGCUUCACCACAAAUCUCUCCGAUCCUCAACAGUUGGUUUGUAACCAGAUAAAAGCUUGGGAUGCAGCGUCACGGAUGCAGGACAUACCCACUCAAAGCUCACUCACACCUGCUAUUUCUGUGUUUGGGCUGUACAUUCAAAAAACAUCUUGGAAUGGAACUUAUUGUAAUCUUCCCGGUGGUGUGGUUCUUCAGCGGCUAACAAGGAAAGAAUAUCGUCUGAUGACGGCAGCUGAGAGAGAAUUAUACCGUCAGGGUUUCCUCGCUGUAAGAAACUCAAUCUAUCAAACUCUUUCUACUGCACAUUCGAAUGUAAACCAAUCACCAGGCGCACAUUCGGGACCAAACUUUCUUCCCUGGCAUCGGGAGCUUCUGAAGAGGAUCGAAAUAGGGAUUCGCACUUCAGCAGUAACAGUGAACGGCCAAACCACUUAUCCUUAUGCCAACACGUUUGUACCGUACUGGGAUUCGACGUUGGACGAUAAUAUCAACCUGUAUAUGGGUAUCUCCUCCUCUAACUCGAUGAUAUUCAGUGCGGAUUUGCUUGGAUCCGUAAUUAGUGGAGAUGUCGUUGAUGGACAAUUCGCGAAUUUUGUUGGGACUAUCGGAGAAGUUACUCAACGAUCACUGGAUCAGUAUCCUGGUCAACUUUAUCUUUUCCAAGCGGCAACGCUCAACACGAUUGUCACACAGCAAACGUUGAAUCAAGUACUAGCAGCCACGGCUGGAAGUUCAGGCUGUCCUGCCGUUCCAAAUUCCAACAUUGAACUUCGACAUGGUGAUGUGCACGUGUGGAUAGGUGGAUUUAUGCAAACAAUUACAACUUCGACAAAUGAUCCAAUUUUUUUCCUUCAUCAUUCUUUUAUGGAUUUUAUAUGGGAACAAUGGAGACUUAACAAACAGACACGUGCGCAACGUGAAACCCAAUGGAACACUGGACCUACAAGUUGCUAUUCCGCUGCUCACCUUUCUACCGCUACCAUGACCCCGUUUACGUAA